CCUCAUACGACUGACGCUCCUUGCGUCCAAAGCCUGACCUCGCCACCGCUCAAUUCACUGCGGUUGUUCUUGACUUUAUUUACAAUGGCAGGUGGAACAAGUAUCUGGGCGAGUAAGGACGCCAAGUCCGAUCCCAGGGAGAUCUUUAACCUGAGACUGCUGUAUCUGCUGGUGACCCUGGCUUGGGCGGGCUGUUUCUAUGGGUUUGACACUGGGAAUAUCGGCGGCAUUCUCACCCUACCGUCGUUUGAGAAUGCAUUUGGUUUACUGGAUAUUCCGCAGGCCGUGUAUGACGAUCGCAAGGGAACUAUCGCCGCCAUGGUCGCUGCAGGAGGCGCUGCUGGAUCUCUCCUCGCGGCACCCACCUCCGACUGGCUAGGUCGCAAAUGGUCUGUUUUCCUCUGGGGAAUCGUCUUCUUGAUCGGUGCUGCGUUGCAAAUGGUCCCCAACUACGACGUGCUGCUGGCAGGGAGAUUCAUCGGUGGUCUGGGAGUGGGCGCAAGCUCCAUGCUGAGUCCCCAGUUCCUGGCUGAGAACUCGCCCAAAUCAGUCCGUGGAUCAAUGACGGCUACAUACAACCUCAUGAUCGUCACGUCGUUGAUGCUGGCAUUCUGGGUGAACUAUGGCGUGUCGCUCUGGACCAGACCGAACAUCGAGGACGACCAUGCCCAGUGGCAGACGGCGAUGAGUAUCCAGCUGAUCCCUGGCGGAUUGAUGUGUUUGAUGAUUCCGUUUGUGCCGGAGACUCCUCGAUACCUCAUUAACCAUGGCAAGGCCGAGCAGGGGCUGAAGAACCUGUGUCGACUUCGCCAGCUGCCUCCAGACCAUCCCUACAUCCAGAUCGAGUACCGCGAAAUCCAGGCCCAGGUGCAGUACGAGCAGGAGACCUUCAAGGGCCACAAUUACUGGGUUGUUGUCAAGGAUAUCUUUGGCAACAGGAGUAACCUGCAGCGUUUCGUGCUUGCUGUGCUGUUGUUCAUUUUCCACAAGCUGACUGGAACGGACUCGCUCAACUACUACGCCCCCCAAAUCUUCGAGCUGAUCGGCGUCAAAGACGACUCGUCGCUGCUGACGACAGGUGUCUAUGGCGCCGUCAAAGUCGCAGCAACAAUCUUCUACAUCACAUACCUCGUCGACCGCGUCGGUCGUCGUCUCCCUCUCUUAAUCGGUGCCACUAUCCAAGCGACCGCCAUGCUCUAUCUCGCUCUGUAUCUCCGCUUUGCUGGCGUGGAUAACACAGAUAUGGGUGGCACCCCUGCUGGGGGCAUCGUAGGUAUCGUCUGGAUCUACUUAUACGCCUUUGGAUGGUCCUUUGGACACAGCGUGGCCUGCUACAUCGUUGCAGCCGAGAUUUUCCCAACCCGUAUUCGCUCCACCUGCAUGGGCUUCUGCUUCUUCGUGAACUGGAUCAUCGACUACGGCAUUACACGCGCCACUCCGAACAUGCUCACCAAUAUGGGCUACGGUGCUUUUCUGCUCUACGCUUUGCUGACGUACCUCGGCGUUGCAUUUAUCUUCUUCUGUCUGCCUGAGUUGAAGGGACGAUCGAUUGAGAGUAUGGAUGAUCUGUUCCAGCGGCCGCUGUGGACUAUGUGGAAGCAUGCAUACCCUACCAAGGAGGAGACCGUUAGGCAUGGUAUUCAGGAGGGAAAGGAUGAGGCCUACAAUCAAAGAACAAUGGCUACAGAAUCAUUCCAAUUGAACUCAGGAGCUAAGAUCCCCGCCGUGGGAUUCGGGACCUGGAAGGCCGGACCUGGUGAGGCUGCUGCUGCUGUCCAGGCAGCCUUUGAGGCUGGAUAUCGUCAUUUUGACUGCGCUCCACUAUAUGGAAAUGAAGCAGAAAUCGGCCAGGUGUUCAAGAAGACACAAGUCCCUCGUUCCGAAUACUUCGUCACUACGAAGCUCUGGUCCUCUGAUCACCGCCGCGUCGAAAAAGCUCUGGACAAAUCCCUCCGCGACCUGAACCUCGACUAUGUUGACCUAUAUCUAAUGCACUGGCCCGUCACGCUAGAUCCGUCUCCAAACGACGAGAGCUACGGCAAGGAAGACCGCACAGUGCAUGCGAACGGGUGGGACUUCCGCGAUACCUGGCGGGAGAUGGAGAAGCUGCUGGCGGCGGGCAAAGCCAAGGCAAUCGGAGUCGCCAAUUUCUCAACGGUUAAUCUGGCAAAGCUUCUAGAGACCGCGAAGGUAGUGCCCGCCGUGAAUCAAACAGAGAUCCAGCCGCUGUUGCCGCAGAAUAAAUUAAAUGCGUUUUGUACGGCCAAGGGGAUUCACCAGACGGCGUUUGGCCCGCUUGGUGGCUCGGGGAGUACCUUGCAUCAGCAUCCGGAUAUUGUAGCCAUUGCGAAGAAGAGAGGUGUCGAUACGGGGAAUGUUAUGCUCAGUUGGGGGAUUCAGAAGGGGUGGAGUGUUAUUCCCAAGAGUACGAAUCCGGUUCGCAUUGCGAAUAAUCUGAACAAGAACUUUGUGCUGGAUGCGGCUGAGCUACAUGCUAUUGAUAAACUGGCCUUGCCUAAGGGCAAGAGGUUUAAUGUGCCGAAUUGGGGUACUACUAUUUUCCAUGAUGAUGCAGAUGUUGAGUUGGAAUAGUUUGU